UUGCUGACCAUCACUCUGAAGGUGCUGACUCUCCUCUGUGGAUCCCCUCAGCCCGUAUCCUCAAACUUCCCCAUGUAUCACAAAGGCAGAGCAUGGUUUGACUGGCCUCGCCUCACCUUUGGUACCAGCAGCAGUCAACGCAUUAGUGUGUCAGAAAGAGGGUGAAGAGGAGGGAAAAGCAGAGAAGAGGACUAUUUGGACGGAGCUGAGUGUGUGUUUAUGUUUGUAUGUCUCACCAUUGGACGGUCGGGUGAAGGGGCACGAGGAGAAGAGUAGGAGGAGGAGGAGGAGGAGGAGAGGGAAGCCUGCUUGGAUGCAAUUCUCGGUGUCAUGUCACUACGUGUGGACCUUGACUGAUCACAGGGUGAGGAAAAGGGAGAGAGACAGUGAGAGGAAGACAAGGAGGUGGAGAAACUGAGACUUGAAAAGAAGAAGAAGAAGAAGGAGGAGGAGGAGAAGUCUGGCGCUCCGUUUUAUCAUGACAUUGCUGGAUAAACGAACCGACGGAUUGAGCGCUCUUCAGUUGUAUGUCAACAGGAAUUCGCUUUAGAAGAGGGGAGGAAGAAAAGAAGGAGAAGAGACCCCGGACUGCUGUGUUCGACCCAGCUAAGGAGCAGGGACUGGACUUACAGAGUGUGUGUGUGUUUCUGUGGCUGUGUAACCAGUGGAGGGCAGAGGAGUGGAGGGCCAGGGGACUAACCUGGCCAUCAAACGGACUGGCAGCCUCUCCUCUCCAGGGAUCAUGUACCCUCAGGGCAGGCAUCCGGUCCCCUUACAACCCGGCCAGUCUUUCAAGUUCACAGUCCUGGAAACCCUGGACCGUAUAAAGGAGGAAUUCCAGUUCCUCCAGGCGCAGUAUCACAGCCUGAAGCUGGAGUGUGAGAAGCUGGCCAGUGAGAAGACUGAGAUGCAGAGGCACUACAUCAUGUACUACGAGAUGUCCUACGGUCUCAACAUUGAGAUGCACAAACAGGCGGAGAUUGUCAAGCGUCUCAGUGCCAUCUGCGCUCAGAUCAUCCCUUUCCUCUCUCAAGAGCACCAGCAACAGGUGGUCCAAGCCGUGGAGAGGGCCAAGCAGGUCACCAUGGCUGAACUCAACGCCAUUAUCGGGCAGCAGCAGCUCCAACACCUGUCUCACCAUGCCCCGGGCAUCCCUCUGACGCCUCACCCAUCAGGCCUGUCCCUGGGCGCGGGGGGCUCAGGGCUUCUUGCGCUGACCGGGGCCUUGGGUGUCUCGGCCCACCUAGCCUCCAAAGAUGAGCGUAACCACCUUGAUGCUGAACAUCUCAGAGAGGGAGCACCCAGCAGGAGUAAGUCAGUGUCCUCAACAGACAGCCAGCCCACUGAGGAGCGCCAGGGCCCAUCAGGAGGCUACUCCUCCUCACAGGGAGGAGCAGAGGCAAAGAGGAGGCGCUGUGAUGACAAGGAGCCCCUUCCGCCUCACUCCUAUGACAGCGACGGAGACAAGAGUGAAGACAAUCUUGUAGUAGACGUCUCCAAUGAAGAGCCGAACUCUCCUGCAGGCAGCCCUGCUCACUCCCCACACGGGAACGGGUUAGACAGGGCUCCUACCCUCAGGAAAGAGCUCCCCGGCUCCUCGAGCACAGGAGAAGCCCCUUCCACCCCAAACCCCCGCAGCCCCACCCCCGGGAAGUCCAAGGACUCUGCACAGAUGGAUAAGUCCCAGUCUCCGUUGUCCAAGUCCGGUACCCCGUCCCCGUCCCACCGUGAGGCCCUUACCCCUGGAGCUCCAGGAGCUCCCGGUCCCAGCACCUCCUGCCUUCGUCUGGUCAGCAAAGCAGCAUCCAGUGCAGACCCUCUUGCUCUCCGCAGUCCCAUGUCUGUGCCCCCUGGUUCAUACCCGGCUCAUUUUGGCGUGGUGUCCCACGCAGGACUGAAUGGGGAGCUGGCCAGCCCAGGAGGCUUCGGUGGAGCUCUGACUCUCUCUCCACAAAUCAGCGCAGCAGCCAAUGCCUACUCCCGAAGCCCCAUGGUGGCAUAUGACUCCCGGUCUCACCUGAGGGCGCCAGGGCUGUCCUCUUCUCUGCCUGGUUCUUCUGGCGGCAAGCCCGCCUACUCGUUCCACGUGAGCGCAGAUGGACAGAUGCAGCCGGUGCCCUUUCCACCCGACGCCCUGCUGGGCCCGGGGAUCCCUCGCCACGCCCGUCAGAUUCACACCCUGAACCACGGAGAGGUGGUGUGUGCCGUCACCAUCAGCACCUCGACGCGCCACGUCUACACCGGAGGCAAGGGCUGCGUCAAGGUGUGGGACAUCAGCCAGCCUGGAAGCAAGAGCCCCAUGGCCCAGCUGGACUGUCUGAACAGGGAUAACUACAUCCGCUCCUGUAAAAUCCUCCCUGACGGACGGACUCUGAUCGUCGGCGGGGAGGCCAGCACGCUGUCAAUCUGGGAUCUGGCCACGCCCACUCCUCGCAUCAAGGCGGAGCUGACGUCGUCUGCCCCCGCGUGCUACGCUCUGGCCAUCUCCCCUGACAACAAGGUCUGCUUCUCCUGCUGCAGCGACGGCAACAUCGUCGUCUGGGACCUUCACAACCAAACGCUGGUCAGGCAGUUCCAGGGCCACACAGACGGAGCGAGCUGCAUCGACAUCUCCAACGACGGCACCAAACUGUGGACGGGAGGGCUGGACAACACAGUCCGCUGCUGGGACCUCCGAGAGGGACGGCAGCUCCAGCAGCACGACUUCACCUCGCAGAUCUUCUCUCUGGGCUACUGUCCGACAGGCGAGUGGCUGGCUGUGGGAAUGGAGAGCAGUAAUGUGGAAGUCCUGCACGUCUCCAAACCUGACAAGUACCAGCUGCACCUUCACGAGAGCUGCGUUCUCUCCCUAAAGUUUGCCUACUGCGGCAAGUGGUUCGUGAGCACAGGAAAAGACAAUCUGUUGAAUGCAUGGAGGACACCAUAUGGAGCGAGUAUUUUCCAGUCCAAGGAGUCCUCAUCUGUGCUGAGCUGUGACGUCUCACCGGACGACAAGUACAUAGUGACGGGCUCCGGGGACAAGAAGGCCACGGUGUACGAGGUGGUGUACUGAGGGCCGGGACAUGAUGGGAAGAGACAGGACGGAGAUUUCGUUUUUUUUUUGUUUGUUUUGUUUUUCCUGAUCCUCAUUACAUCAGCAACAACAGCACCUCCGUCACUCCUCCUGACCCUCAGCCCUAAUACAUCACCCCCUCUCCCCCUUUUUCCUGUGAUAUAAGCUACUGUGGGAGCUCCCAAAUGCCUCCUCCCCCCUCCCUCCUUCCACUUUUAGCCCAAGGAUGAGGUAUGAUAGCAGAGAGAGAGGCAGAAAGGGAAGCAGCGAGAUAAGAAGGACAAAGGAAAAGGGCGGUGGAGCAUAAAGAUAAAGUCGGGAGGGAUAGACAAGAAGGAGGAGAGAAAGGGAGAGUGCGGAAGGAAGAGAAAUGAAAGGGAGGAAGAGGAGAAGGAGGAGGAGGGAGGCAGAGUAAUUAGGGCUGUUUCCUGAUUAAGAGCUCAGUGGAAGGGAGGCCCCCAGAGGAGGCGCGGAGCGGCACUGUGGGAGCGCCAGCCAGGAGCACUGAUACCACACAAUCGAUUCAUUAGCCAGACAGUGGAAGCCUUAAUGAGGCUGACGCCGCAGCUCGCUCUCCCCAGCGAGAGGUGUCAGGAGCUGGGGAACGAUGACGCUCCGAGACGGAGGGGGUCGCCUCAGAUAUUCACAUACACUGACAUGAAACAUAGACCUGCUCUCAUACACACACAGGCGCACGUCAUUGGGCAAGAAUACACACGCUCUCUCGGAUACACCCCCUUGAGGUAAUCGUGGGAAGAGAGAAACACACACACACACACAACACGCAGAGCACCCAAUUAAACAUUCAUCGCAGCACUCCCCAUCUCACUGCUUAAUAUCUAUUUUAUUUUGGUCUGACAAAGGCAGCGUCUAAUGAGCAGCCGAGUCAAUGGGAUUCUCCCAGGGCCCAGAGACACAAACACAGAACAUCAGCCGAGCUGUUCCCUCUAAUUCCUCUGGAUUGUUCUCCUGACACCGGGCGCUGCUCUCACUCUCAUUAAAGGCACUGUCAGCUAGAUGAAGUAGCAGCACGCCAACUUCACUGUAAGGCAGACAAGAGGGUAAAUUAACACCACCCGAUUACGCUAUCAUCAGCAGCAAACUAAGCAGCAACUAAUCCGAAUCCUUUCAAAUUUUAUGCAACUAGUUGCUGUUUUCAUUUACAAACCAGUUGAGAAUUACAUGUUUAUCAGAGUCUUUAUCUCCGCCUGCCUGCUGAUGUGCUCGUGUUCAAAGUGCUCUGGCUAAAUCUUUAGCUUUAAGCUAUUGAUUGCUAUUAAUUAAGAUGCUAAACACCUUUCAAGGACAAGUCUGACAUUUUGGAAUAUGUGCUUGUAGAUUUAAAUGAGACAAAUGGAACCACUCUCAUGUCUGUAGGUUGAGUAUGAAAGAGCCUGCUAACCUAGCAUAGCAUAAAGAUUGAAAACAGGGUUAGCAGUUUCACCUUCUUUCCAGUCGCUAUGCUAAGCUAAGCUAAUCAGCUGCUAGCUGUAGCUCUAUAUUUACAUUACAGAUGUGAGAGUAGCAUCAAGCUUCUCAUCUAACUCUCAGCAAGAAAUCCAAUAAGUGUAUUUCCCAAAAUGUUGCACUCUUCCUUUAAACCUGAUUCUUGCUCUUCAGUCCUCCUUGUAUGAUAUUCCAAACUGGCAGGCAAACUGUAUAUCAGAGCUCUCUGCUUCUGUAGAACAUGCGUCACCAUUGUGUAGGCUAAACAGGCACAUUUCAAGCUUUUUCUUUUAUUACUCAUUUAUUUCAAUAUUUUUUAUGAAUAGUGAUUGCUCGUCUUAUGUAAUGAUUGUUUAUGUAUUGGGGUUGCCUAUGACUGCGUUUCAGGGUUCGGGUGGAGCAAACAGAGAGGGACGCACUCACACACGAACACGUACAAAAUCAAGUGGAACACAGGCGGGAAAAAUAUUUUUGUUCCUUUAUCUUGUUUUUUUUGUUUUUUUUUGUAUUGUUAUCCUUGGUGGUGGUGACAGGCAGAGGGCGCACAGCAUCAGCAGUCCCAUGUAAAGAAAAAAAAUAAGACCCUCCGUUCUGUCUUCUGUUUGUUGUUUUUGUUUUAUUCCCCUUUUUUCAAAAGUGGUAGUGAUGUACUGUAGUCAGUUUUCAGUCCUUAUUGUGCAACUGAACUAUGUUUCUGUUGAGUCUGUGGUCAGUGUACAGCCGGCGUUGGCGAUACAGAGCUAGCCAUCGAAGACGUCCCACUUUUUACUGCAUGCUUGUUGCACUAAAGCUCCACUUCUGCUGAUAGAACGAGACAGAUCUGAUUUUACUCGGUAGGUACAGUGAACGGUCUCAAAGCCACAGAUUUACAGAGGGAUGAAUUUUACAUUACAGUAUGCAAUUUAAUUCAAUUGUAUAAACUUUUAGCAAGAUUAGUCCAUGUUUCUCGCUGCAGCUCUAACGCAGGAUAGAAGAAUUAUGAGCGACUUCUACAAUGGCUACUGUACCAGCGAGGAGUGAGAGAUCAUUUGUACAGUUUAAUGCCUUUGCCUGCCUCUUUCCCUUCCUGCCGUCAGCCACAGGCAGACCUAAAUGAUAUUCUCAUACACAAGCUUAUAUACUACUCAGAAUGAUGCUGUAUAAUGGCUAUGCAUUUGGUGGUAUAGCGUGAAUAUUUGGGACAUUGUAUUUGAUACUCUUCUGACUGUCAGUAACGUCUCUCCCCUCCUGCCUGUGCUUUCUCUGUUCCAACGGUAUAAAAACUCUGAUUUUCCAUUUUACAAGCCCAUGUUUAGUUUAUCUUUUAAACAGCCAAGGAACUCUUUUUUUCUUCUUCUUUUUUUAAAAAAAGACUGCACUGUGUCUUCUUCCCUCCUGAUGCGUUUCCCAUGUGCUGUACAAGAAAUACUGUGUGAAAAAUAAACCAAACUUGUGUUCAUCCUUU